AUGUCCCAGCUUGGAGCCAACCUUGUGAAGAUCGACUGGGCGCGCGAGCAGGUGCCGCGGUUUGAGAAGAAUUUUUAUGUGCAGAGUGCUGUUGUGAAGGGGAGAAGUGAGGGGGAGGUGGAGGCUUUUAGGAGGAAAUGGGCGAUUACUGUUGAUGGCCCCAAGCCCAUCCCCAGGCCCAUCGAAAAGUUUCAGGAAGCCAACUUCCCAUCCUACGUGUUGAAAGAGAUCCUAGGCGCGGGGUUCACAAAGCCCACCCCGAUCCAGUCGCAAGGUUGGCCCAUGGCCCUAAGCGGCCGAGAUCUCGUCGGCAUCGCAGAAACCGGAUCCGGCAAGACGCUCGCCUACAUCCUACCCGCCAUCGUGCAUAUCAACGCCCAACCGCUCCUCCGACCCGGCGAAGGCCCCAUCGUGCUCCUCCUGGCCCCGACGCGCGAACUCGCGGGGCAGAUCAAAGAGGAGUGCGACAAAUUCGGGUCGUCCUCGAAGCUCAAGAAUGUGUGCUUGUAUGGUGGUGCGCCGCGUCAGAAGCAGAUCAAUGCGUUGCGCGGUGGGGUGGAGAUCUGUAUUGCUACACCCGGUCGAUUGAUUGAUCUGGUGGAAUCCGGCUACACGAAUUUGAAGAGGAUAACUUAUUUGGUGAUGGAUGAGGCCGAUCGGAUGUUGGAUAUGGGGUUCGAGCCCCAGAUUCGCAAGAUUGUUGAUCAGAUAAGGCCAGACCGCCAAACGCUGAUGUGGUCCGCAACCUGGCCCAAAGAAGUGCAGAACCUCGCUCAUGACUAUUUGAAGGAUUACUUGCAAGUCAACGUCGGGUCGUUGUCGCUUUCAGCCAGUCAUAAUGUGCGACAACUCUUCGAAGUUUGCACCAACUACGAAAAGCGACCCAAACUCCUCAGAAUCCUUGGCACCCCCCACCAAGCCCAUCACACCAAAGUGCUUGUCUUCACCAGCACAAAACGCAUGGCAGACGAAGUCAACGAUUACCUGCAACAGUCCGGUUACCGCUCCCUCGCGAUCCAUGGGGAUAAAGGCCAGAACGAACGGGAUUGGACCAUGGAUCAGUUCAAGAAGGGGAGCUGUGCUGUGCUUGUUGCGACGGAUGUUGCGGCGAGGGGGUUGGGUGAGUUUGGCGCCAGUGAUUACGUGAUCAACUACGAUUUCCCAAACAACAUCGAAGAUUACGUCCACCGCAUAGGUCGUACCGGGCGCGCCGGCGCCCACGGAACAGCCUACACAUUCUUCACCGACGCCUCGGCCCGUCUCGCGCGUCAGCUCAUCGCCGUCCUGGACGAGGCCAGGCAGGACGUGCCGCGUGAGAUCAGGGACAUGGCGAACCAUGAGCGGGGUGGAGGUACUGUAAAUCAUGGCGGAGGGGCGGGUGGAGCGCGUGCAGGAGGGUGA